AUGAGUGAAUAAGAAUAGAUUUAUGAGGAACUUUGUAUAUCUAUAGUGGAAUCAUAAUAGAUAACUAAAAGUAUCAUAAAAUAAAUAGUGCAAUAAAGUUCAUCAAUAAUAAUCAAUAAGCACAUAAAUUCUAUCAUGCCUUAAUUAGGAUAUAAUUGGUUUAGAGAAUAAGUUAUUGUAUUGAUGGAAGAGUAUAAUAUGAGAAAUGAUGAUUUUGAAGAAAAUGUUAUUGAAGACUCUGAACCACUUGCUGUCAAUAUAGAACAUUGGAGAAGAUGUCAAGGUCAAGUUAAAUAAGGUAUAUCUAAAGAAAUAUCUAAUUCUCCUGUGAUGAAGAGAAGAGAUACAAAAAGAAUGUCUAAAUUAAUGACUAUAAAGACAUAGGGACAAAGUGAAUGUUAUGAUUCCUAACUUAUUAAAAUGGGUAUAGAAGAAGAAGAAUAAGAAUUAGAUCCAAAUAUUGAAAAUAUUAGAUAGGCAAAACUAAGAUAAAUAUCAAAUCAAUAAUAAAAAGUAUAGAAUGAUAAAAUUAAAAUACUUGAAGUAUAAGAGUAAAUUAAAUAAUUGAAAAGAUUAAAUGUGGAUUCUAAAUCUAAAUAUACUUUUGAUUUUGAAGGCAAACUUGUUGUCUAAAAACCACCAGAUAUUGAUAAAUAUCCAAAAUCAUUCUAAAAUAUCAGUGAAAAACGAAUUUUAAUAGAAGUUAGAGAUCUUAUUCCAAAUCAUAAAAUGCAAUCAGAACUUAUACAAUUAGCUAGUAAGAAUAAUUAAAAUAUUGGAUAAAAUAAUUAAUUUGCUAUUAAAACAUCAGUUUCAUAAAUUGAAUUAAUGAUCAUGAAAGAAGGUGUUACAUUUUAUGAUGGUAAACAAGAAAAGAAAAAAGACAGACAAUUUCCAUUAAUGGAUAUAAAAGAUCCAUUUUAAUUAUAACAAACAUUGUAAAAAUAAAAUGUAUAAAUGUCUAAAAUAGAAUAUCAAUAAAUUACAAACACUCCAUAAAAUAAUAAUACAUUUUAAAAUAAAACAAUGAGUAUUUCAAAUUCUUAAUAAUAAUUAAACUAAUUUACUAAUAGAUCUUAAUAAUAAAAUGAUAAUCUAUUAAAUAUAAAUGAUAGUAUCUUAAGUUAAAGAUUACCUAAAAAUAUAACUACAAUGAAUCAUUCAAUUUCAUCUUCAAUUUUAUAGAAAUUGAAUGGUUCUAUUUCUAUUUUAAGUGAAUAAUAACUUGAGGAAUUACUUAUUCCUUAAACUGAAGUAAAUAGAGAUUAAAAAGAUCAUCCUUUAUUUCUUAAGAGAAAAAAAACUGAAGUAGAAGUGAAAACUUCAAAAUCUAUUCCUACUUUUGAACUUCCAUAGAUACCUCCAAACAUUUUAUCAAAUACAUUAAGUAAAUUGCCUAAAUCAUUUCAAAGUUAAGGAACAUUUCCUAAAUUAAUUCCUAAGUUUCCUAGAUAGAGAAUUUCUAAAUAAGCUAUACAAUUAAAAAUUGAAAUAUGA